GAAAGAUAUCACUUCCUCUUUCAAUAAUAAUUGGCUAUUUUAUUGUUAUUAAGCUUCUCUAAAUGUAGAUUGUAGAAUUAACAGUGCUUACACUUCAGACACCUCCUUGUAUAUGAAUAUGAGGGAAAGUAUCAGUGUUAUAAAUGAGGCAGCAUGUUCCGUUUUCUGACAAAAAUCUGUUCUUACCAAAUUCGGAAUGCCACAAAUGUCUCUGUUCAAUCUGACUGACUGGAUUUAAUCAUACUGCUGCUUUCUCUCUGCUCAGCAGUGUUUGUGGAUUGUGAAGGUGAGCAAGUAUGGAAGAGGAGCUGUGCUAUUCAACAGUCUGCUUUAAGCCAUUUGACAAUCAGAAAUCUACAGUGCCACAGUUAGAGGAGUCUGUAUUGUAUGCGGAGGUGAAAAGAAAACAAUCAACUUCACAGACACCUCCUGAGACCUCAGCUGCAGAGCGUUCAUUAAACAAAUCAGUUUUGUCAGCACACGAUUCUCUGACUGAAGCAAAAGAUGCUGCCACCCCAAUCUUUUCAGCAUACAGACGAGCUACAGUGUUUCUGGGGCUGCUCUGCUUCCUCCUGCUUGCUGCGUUAACAGCUGUCAGCGUUUUCAACUACAUUCACAUGUCUAAAUACAACAAUAUUCUGGUCCAGCACACUCAAGCGAAAGCCACCAAUCUGCAACUACUGGCAGACAAGGAAGUGCUGGAGCGAGAGAGAGCCAGGCUGACGACACAGGGUGAUCAGAUGAAUGGCACACUGGACUUCAUACUGAAAAAAAGCAGCUUUUUAGUGGAUGAGUACCGUCAGUCCACUGGAAACGGGGUCCAGUGUACACCUUGUCCUCAAAAGUGGAUUCAGAAUGGCUCCAGCUGUUACUAUUUCAAUGAAGACUGGCCCUGGAAAACGUGGACAGGGAGUCAAGAAUACUGCGAGGGAUAUGGAGCUCAGCUGGCCAUAAUAGACAGUGUGGAGGAACAGGAAUUCAUCAAUCAGCAGACCGAAUCAUAUUAUGACGAAUAUCAUGGGUACUGGAUCGGACUCUCUGAAAAGAAAGAAGAAACUUGGGUCUGGACCACUGGCGCUGAACUUGAGGGAGGAUUCUGGGUCAAUGGCCCCUCGAAAGGAUACAUGGAAUGCGUUCUGUCAGUGCCCAGCAAAAACCCACUGAAAAGCUGGAUAUCAACAAGUUGUUACAUGAGGAAUAGAUGGAUCUGCGAAGUGGACGUUUUAACAUGGCCAACCUUCCUUCAAGCCCAACAAAACCAAAGUGGCCCCUCAACAUGAGCAGAAGACAGAACAAAAGACAACCAUCUCAAGAAUAAUUUUAUUUUCAAAUUCAGUUGAAGUUUGAUUUGUUAGCAAUGUUUCAAGUUACAGCUCCAAGAGAGACACACAUACUGUAGGUAAAUGUCUUAUGCACCAUUCUUCCCGUCUGUCAAACAACAUCCAACUUUAUUGUGACUGAAUAAAUACUUCAGCCACACAAAUCACUCCAAGCUGUUCACAGUUCAUCACAUGUUUGUAAUUGUCGAUAUGCUAUUUAAUAUGCAUUACACAAAUGUAUCGCAAAUCAGUCCAAUAAAUAAAUUUCAUGUCACCUGUGGGUCUCAAGCUUUAAAAAUUGACCAUGAUUUGUAAGAAUAAAUAUGAGUGCUGCAUAACAAACGUGAUCUGAAGUGUCUCAGCUAAUAGUCUGUUACUGGAGAACUGAUCCUAGCAUUUCAGCAGCAGCCCAGAUUCUGAUCUACUUA